UAUACUCAUGACUUUUUCUCCCUCAGAUAUCCCUGCGUAGAAAAAAUUGAUAGGAAUUAUGAAGACUUUUUUGAACAUCUGGCCAAACUGGUUAUCUCAGAGCCAACAGAUCCUAUUAUAACGUGCAUUAGUAAUAAUAAUCAGGAGAGGCUGAAGAAAUUGAUUAGAGGCAAGGACAUCAAUGCAUUGUACCCUUGUGUUGAGUUACAAGAUGAAGUAACCCCUUUAAUUGCUGCUGUUGCAUUUGCAAAUCAGGAGAUUUGUACAUUUCUUCUGGAAAAGGUGCUGACCCCAACAAACCAUCAAAUAGUUAUUUUGCACUCUGCAUUAUGCUGGGACAUGCAUAAAGUUCCAGUGAAUAUAGUGACAACAUUACUGGAAGCAAAGGCAGAUCCAAARGGUCUAGCAGAACAACCAUUCUCUCCAAUUCAAUUAGCACAUGACAGAGAGGAUAUUGUGAAGGAGCUGCUUGAAUCUGGAGCUUUAAUGUGGCUAAAUCAUGGCAUCUAUCCUGCAAUUGAUCUGAAAUUGGCCACAAUAAUUGAAAACUUUGCUAAAGAGAGUGAGUUCUUUUCCAAAAUCAAGCUUUUUUUAAAUUUUGCACAAGCAAUAAAACGAACAUCCCCAACAGAUGUUUUCAAACACUAUGAUCUUCACUUACUAGAGGAGAACCCCCAAACCCACCUCACUAUGAUUGACAUGUGCUUUAACAUUGAAGGUGCAAAUGAAGACGAAUACUUCCAGAAAGCCAUUAAAUGGUUGAACGACUCCAAGAAACUAGUUUCCUAUGUUGAAGAUGUAAGCAGACGUCUGGCCACAGUUCCUCUGAAAUUUAGGGCAGGUGCAUUGAAAUCCUUGGAUAAAGUUGUUUGCGCCAUGAAGGAAAUACCUAAUGAGGUGUCACUUACCCUAAUUCCUGAGUUAGUGAAACUGCUUUCCUGUAAAACAGAAGAUUAUCUCGUGCCAUUGAUCAUUGUUACGCUCUAUGGCAUCACACAGAAGACAAAAGACAAGGGUCGUUGGAGCAACUCUGACCUUGAGAAAAUAUGCAAGCACAUUGUCCCAUGCACACAGAGAGAGGGUUAUUCCUCUGAUUUGAAGAUGUAUGCCUAUGCCUUGCUAGCAGAUCUUUACACAUUUAGUUGUGUUCCUGGUUAUAUCAGCUCUCUGGGACUGACUCCGGUACCUGAAGGACUACUUAACUGGGGAAGGGAUGAAAACCUGAAAGUAAAGCUGAGAGAUCUAAACAUGUCCUUAGACAGACAACAUUCAGUCUCCAAGUCAGCAAGUGAAGAUUCAAAAGACAGUCAUUUGUCAGAAACCAAGAAGAAGAAGAAGAAGAAGAAGAAGAAGAGGAGAAAGGCAGAAAAGCAAGACUUACCAAAAGAAGAGACAGACACACAAGAAAAUAAUACAUGUUUAGCCUUCAAUACUUCAUCUACUCCUGUUGAGGAAUCUGGUCUUGAUGAGUGUUCAAGUGUAAAGCCGUUCCACCCCACCACUGACACGUCACCAUUACAGCGCAAAUGGCACAAAGUCAGCAAGCGGUGGGAGACACAGUUAGAGAAGCUUGCCAACAUGGAUGAAAGUAAAGUUUAUAAAGUGGGAAACCUCACURUUAUACAUGAUGAUAAUUACUUUCGCAUAGCAAAGYGAAGUGAUGGAACUGAGGUCUUCUUGGGCCUGAGAGAUGAUGGCACUGAAGUAGCCAUAAAGAGAAUGAUCAGGUCAAACUAUCAGUUUCUCAAGAAUGAGGAAGGAUUUUUACGUCUUCCAGAGCUUGACAGUAGCUGUAUUGUGAGAUACAUGGACUUUGCGGAAGACAUUUUUUUUGGUUAUCUUGCUCUUCAGCUCUGUGAAUACACUCUGGAUGAAUACAUUAAUACACACCUGUCCAAGGACGACACUCAUGCCCUGAUGAAAAUCACUCAAGAGGUGCUCCGCAGUUUAAGUGUCAUUCAUUGUCCAACUACCAAAGUCCUUCAUCGGGAUAUCAAACCUCAGAAUGUUUUGAUAGAUAUCAAUGGAAAUGCAAAAUUGGCAGAUUUUGGCAUAAGUCGCAGAUUGACAGUGGAACAAACAACUCUAUACACAAUCCCUGCAGGAACAAAAUGCUGGAUGGCCAAGGAGACGUUAGACAAACAAGGCUCUGGAUAUAAGAGGAGCUCUGAUAUACAGGUGGAGCAACGUGAAGAUAGAAUAAAGAUUAUUUCCUGUUUGUAGAGCGAUGGACUGAYUYAUUGUUGUAAUUUCAGGUGGCUGGGAUGUUYGUAUACUACAUCCUUUCUGGUGGACACCACCCCUUUGAASGUCCACUUGGUGAUGAACUUGAACAUAAUCGAAACAUAAUCAAUGGGACUUACACACUAGAACAUUUGUCAGAUGAGGUGGCAAAAGACCUCAUUGAGUGGAUGAUCAAUGAAGUCCCUGAUGAGAGACCUACAGUGGAGGAGACCCUGAAUCAUCCCCUCUUCUGGAAACCACAGAGGAGAUUYGAUUACUUGAUCAAAAUUGGGAAUCAGGAUGAGGCAGAGAACCAUCGUAAUGCUGACCAAGAGCUCGUUCAAGCUCUAGACCAAGGUGUUGAGAAGAGAUCCUUCUAUCAGUGGAAAUCCAAGCUGCCCCCUUUGUUGAUCCAGAAGCUGGAAGGUAAAAAGAAGGRCUACACUGAGAACACAUUGGGAUUACUGCGCUUCAUACGCAACCUUGAUGCACACUACACUAAGGUUGCGGAUAAGGAUGCAGAUGCGGCCUGCUGUGUUUGCAAAGAUCUGGUGACGACGUUUCCUGAUCUCUUUGGAUGCGUUUACAYGUUUGCCAAGGAACAGAACUGGAAUACAAUACGACCUGAUCUGAGAUGUUUUUUAAUGCAGAGGAACUAAGCGCAUGAUGCUGACAUAUCUGUUUACACAGACAGUCCAUUUCAGAUUUUUUUGCCCAAUUAUUGGCAAUAGASCUGAUCUGAUUGGUCAAAAGACCAAAAAUAUCAGAAUUUGGCUGCCUGUGUAAACAGACUUUUAUCAUUUGGAAGAUGCUGUUGAAAUUCAAUAUAUUUAUAUUUCCCAUUCUUUAGAGUAAAUAGAUUAGUGCAAAUUUGACACAAUGUUUUGAAGGAAAACUGUUGAUUUUAGUAUAAUAUUUUCAGGAAUACUUUCUAUUAGAUUGUAACAAUAAAAUAUAUUGCACAUAGGCCAACAGUGUAUGAAAAGGGAUUGCUACUCAUUAUUCUAUUUUAGCCUGCAGUUGUAAGCAGGCCCAGUGAUUGUCAUGCAUUCUGAGUGGGAGAUUUUAUGGAGGAACACUGUUAACUGUUGCCUACUAGGGUAUUUGGUCACAACUGUARGAUUGUUCAUGUAAAAGAAUGUUUGAUGCUGGAGCCAUUAAAUGCUUUCUUCAAAAAUGACUGUUAAA